CCAUGUUCGUGGCCCUUCUGGGGCUGGGACUGGGCCAGGUGGUCUGCAGCAUCGCCUUGUUCCUCUACUUCCGAGCACAGAUGGAUCCUAAUAGACUAUCAGAAGAUGGCACUCACUGCAUUUAUAGAAUUCUGAGACUCCAUGAAAAUGCAGAUUUACAAGACAGUACUCUGGAGAGUCAAGAUACAAAAUUAAUACCUGACUCGUGUAGGAGAAUUAAACAGGCCUUUCAAGGAGCUGUGCAAAAGGAAUUGCAACAUAUCGUUGGAUCACAACAUGCGAGAGCAGAGAAAGCUAUGGUGGAAGGUUCAUGGUUGGAUCUGGCCAAGAGGGGCAAGCCUGAAACGCAGCCUUUCGCUCAUCUCACUAUAAAUGCCACCAAUAUCCCAUCAGGGUCGCAUAAAGUGAGUCUGUCCUCUUGGUACCAUGACCGGGGUUGGGCCAAGAUCUCCAACAUGACUUUCAGCAAUGGAAAACUAGUAGUUAACCAAGAUGGCUUUUAUUAUCUGUACGCCAACAUUUGCUUUCGACAUCACGAGACUUCGGGAAACCUGGCCACCAAGUAUCUCCAGCUGAUGGUGUAUGUCACUAAAACCAGCAUCAAAAUCCCGAGUUCUCAUACCCUCAUGAAAGGAGGAAGCACCAAAUACUGGUCAGGGAGUUCCGAAUUCCAUUUUUAUUCCAUAAACGUUGGGGGAUUUUUCAAGCUACGAUCUGGUGAGGAAAUAAGCAUCGAAGUCUCCAACCCUUCUCUACUAGAUCCAGAUCAGGAUGCGACGUACUUUGGGGCUUUUAAAGUUCGGGAUAUAGACUGAGAUCCAUUUUAUGGAGUACUAUCAUGUAUUUCCUAGGUGUUUGGAAACUUUUUCAUACAAACCAAGAAGGAUGUAUAUAGGUGUAUGAGACUACUAAGAGGCACAGCCAGCAUCGCUACAAGACUCAUUAUCCAUGCAUGCCCUUGACCUUGUGCAGAGCACACAGUUACAGCCAAUGGACACGAGGAACUCAUAGUGUGUUACAGAGUGGUUUUUAAAUUUUGUAAGGAAUUCCUAGAAUUAAGCCAGACUGGAGCAAUUAUGUUUGCCCUUAUGAAAAACUACUUUGGGGCUGUGGAGAGGGGUUAAUUCUCCAAAUCUAGUGCAUGGGUAGGUGCCACUGUGCAGCUCAGUUGGAGAGGGUGUCACCUACUUGCUAGUGAAUGACCAUCUGAGGGGUUAAGUUCUUUCGAAUUGUUCUAUCAUGCUGGAACCUGCAAAUACUUUUUCUAAUGAGGAGAGAAAAUAUAUGUAUUUUUAUAUAAUAUCUAAAGUUAUAUUUCAGAUGUAAUGUUUCCUGUGCAAAGUAUUGUAAAUUAUAUUUGUGCUAUUGUAUUUGAUUCCAAAUAUUUAAAAAUAUCUCACUGUUGACAUAUUUAAUGUUUUAAAUGUACAGACAUAUUUAACUGGUGCACUUUGUAAAUCCCCUGGGGGAAAGUUGCAGCUAAGGGGGAAAAUGUUGUUUCCUAAUAUAAAUGUAGUAUAUUUCUACAUGCUUUUUUAACUUAACAGAUUUUUGAGAACUGUCAAGCCUGUGCAAAAAAAUGAAAAUGGAUGCUUUGAAUAAUAAUAAAUAGGAUGUUGGCCACCAGGUGCCUUUCAAAUUUAGAAGCUAAUUGACUUUAGAGCGCUGACAUUGCCAGAAAGGAUGCAUAAUGGGCUACUGAAAUCUGUCAAAAGUAUUAAAUAAUUAUUGAACAGGUGUUUUAUUUUUUUUUCCUACAAGUGCUGCAAAUGGUACAUUUUGUUUUAUUUUUUUUUUAAAUAAGAAAGUUACUAGUGGAUUCCCGGCGAAAACAAUCCAGUUUUUAAUUCGGUGAAAGUUAUUUUAUACUGUACAAUACAAACAUUGCCUUCAAUGUUAAUUUUUUUGGUACAAAAAUAAAUUUUUAU